AUGGGCUUAAACAAGUACCUAGACAGUGGAAUGCAAGAGAGAAAGUAUUGUUUAGAGCUUCUUAAUGAUUUUGGAUUACUUGGUUGUAAGCCCAUUGCAACACCUUUAGAUAUUAAUCUGACUAUUAAACCAAAUAGUUCAAAAAGUAAACCUCUUGAGAAUAUUUCUGUGUAUCAUAAAUUGAUUGGUAAGUUUAUAUACCUUACUUUAACAAGAUCUGACAUAAGCUAUGCAGUUCAAUGUCUCAGUCAGUUUAUGCAUGCUCCUAUGGUUGAACACUUUCAACUUGGUCUUAGAGUUCUAAGGUAUCUUAAGAACUCUCCUGGAAAAGGUUUGCACAUUCAGUCAUGUAAGUCCUUGUCUCUUAAAGCUUUUGUGGAUUCUGAUUGGGCUAGGUGUUUACGUACAAGGAGAUCCAUUACUGGCUAUUCUGUGUUUCUGGGUAACACUUUGAUUUCCUGGAAAAGUAAGAAACAAUCAACAGUUGCUAAGUCUUCUGCAGAAGCAGAAUAUAGAGCUUUAGCAACUGUUACUUGUGAAAUUAUAUGGCUUUUGAACCUAUUGAAAGAUUUGGGAUUGGGUAACCACAUGUUACCAGUUUCUGUUUGCAGUGACAGCAGUUCAGCUUUACAAAUUGCAGCUAAUCCUGUUUUUCAUGAGUAA